AUGCGAUGUCCCCUCGCUGCCCGACCAAGGCCCGCUUCUGUCUCUGAUUGCCCAAGUGAGACCACAAGCCACGAGACACAGACGGAAGCGGCCUCCAAAAACAUUGCCAAGCUCAAAGACAUGGUCUUCGUCAAGGACAUGCGUGCGGCCAUGACCUCCGGAGAAUUUGCUCUUCGGCUGCGUGGCGCUGAGCGUCCUGGUCUGGUUGACUACGAGGGCUUGUACAACGUUUUGGAGGGAUUUGCAGGGAGGCUGUCGGAGCUGGAGGCUUCCGAGGUCUUGCGUGAAGAGGACGCUUGGAAGGCCGAGGAGGACUUGAAGCUCAUACAGGGGGAGCUGCAAGACAGAGUCGUGGAAAUGACGCAGGAGACCGGUCGCGAUGCGCAAGUGGGACAGGAUGCCGUCAAGAGUAGCAGCGAGCAGGACACACGCCGUACGAGCUUGAAUGCCAAAGGGCAGAGUCCCGGGCUUCAGAGCUACGAGAGACGAUUGGAGUCCGCACUGAAGAACGGCCAGUGGCAGAUUGCAAGCCUCCUCGUCCAGGAAGUGCGUGAGUUGGGCCUCAAAGUCUCUGCAGAGACCUACCAACUUCUUUGCCUUCAGUGUGCAACGAGGGCUUCAUGGCAGGUGGCGCUUGCAACCUUCAUCGCUCUACAGCCGAAACUCGCUGUGCCCGAAGCCAGUCCAAGUGCAAGCGCCGUGCUGGGUGCAUGCUUGCUCGGGUCUGGAGUGAUCAUGGACGUUAACGUACGGAUUCGGUGCAACUACCUUUUCACGGCCGCUCACGGAAGUUGGAGUAAGAUGCUGUACAUUCUGCAGGCGCUCAGGCACUCAGUUCCAUCAUUCCUCAAUGGCGACGACGCAACCAUCGCGAUGAACAUUACACUGCGAGCAUGUGCAGCUGCUCACGCGUGGGAGCAAGCACUUUCCAUGGUCCUACCCUUAAGGAAGCUCCAAGUUCAGCCAUCUGUGGCGACACUGGGGACCGUCAUCACCGCAUGUGAACGCUCUGGUCAGUGGCGGGCAGCAGUCGAAAUUCUUUCAGGAAAGAUGGCACGGUGGGGCUGGCAAGACGUGCUUCCCAAUGUUGUCUGUUACAACACGGCUAUUGCUGCAUGUCGUCGCACAAGACAUUGGAAGCAAGCUUUGCAGCUGUUACGUGAUGGACAUCUGCGGAGUUUGCGGCCGGACGGCGUGAGCGUGGCUACGACACUGCGUGUCGUCAGCAGCCUGAAAGGCCACGAGUGGUCUGGACGUGCGGAGGAGCUUCUCUUGGACAUGAGGCGAUCCAGGAUUCACGCCGCUGAUCCUGUCACCCUGCUGGGUGGGGCGGAAGCGGAAGGAUCCACCCUGCUGUCGCGCUUCUCCUGGAUGCGGGCACUGGAGAUCCUGAUGAGCUCCGUUUCCGGCACAUGCACUGCCCCUCCAUCGAGUUCGGUGAACUCAGUGUUAGCAGUACUUCGUCGCCAUCGACGCUGGGCCGAAGCUCUGCAUGUCAUGACAGUGCUCUGUCACAGGCCUUCUUGCACCGACAUGCUCGUGGACGGCGUAGACGUUGUCGGCCUUGUUGACUUUUCUUCUCUGCUCCAGGAUUGUCUGCAGACCUCCAGGCUUUAUGCAGUCCUUCCCAGACUGGUCAGAUGGACGAAGUCCGGGAAUGGCAUUUCGGCGCCCGGUGCAUGUGAUGCCCAAGCUGCUUGCCUUGCCUGCGAUGUGCUGCUGGGUUUUGGGCUUCUUGGGACUGUGCAGCUUUCAAUGGACCGUCGAACAGCACGGCCACUCCUCCGCUAUCUCAGGAGUUUAAUUUCUUCAGUGUCGAUUGUAGAUCCAGCCGGGAGUGCUUCAAGACCGCACACGGACGUGCAUCUUGCUCGCAGUGACAUCGCAGCCACAGCAGGCCUAGGCAUGACCCGUGAGUUGGUAGAGACUUUGCAGGAUCACAAACAGGCAGCAUCUCAAGCGCGCAAGAAGUUCAUGCUGUACCUUCGAGGGGAUCAGAUGGUUGACGUUGACACCGUCCUCCAGGAUUCCCAAGCUGAGCAGCCGUUUAGCCGCGACUUGUGGGAGCGUCUUGAAGGCAAGACUCAGCACUCCGAGGGUGAAUGGUCACCGUACGAAGACUCGCAGGAGGCCGAGAGACGGAUACAACAAAAGGAAGCCGUUCUGCUCGAGGCCAAGCAGGAGCUCAAGACCGCCAAAGCGAAACGAGCCAAAGUGCUUAAGAAAAUGAAGAAGGCAGCCAGCAAGGGCGGCUUGCAAGACAAGAAGCCCAUCGACCUGACAACGGACUUGUUCCGUUGGGAUCGACGGAUCUCUGGUCAUCAAGUCCUCGUCCUGCUUGCAAACGUGGAUUUGAUCUUUGACAAGGUUGCACUACAGCUGGAGAAGCUGCUGGUGCAAGCUGACAUUGCCGAGUGGGACCACUCAGGUCGUCGGCUGAAGCGGCUGGUGCUGAAGCUGUCUGCCCUGGAGGUUCAGGUCGCUCCAUACCGGAAGUACGUGCGAGAGAGCCCGGAAAAGGUAGUUCACAUCAAGGGCCUGGACUGGGACGAGCUGCAGAUGCUCGAGGAGCAGAUCGCAUCCAUUGCGCAAAGCGUCGGGCUGCACGUGGAGCGAAUCAACCAGCGUAGCGGCUUUUUCGCCCCGAUCCGGAGACAAAUGUUGUCUUUCGCAACUUCCUGGCAAAAGAUUCGGCGCGGAAUCGUUUUCCAGGCCAAUGGAGUUCGCCUGCUUUCUCAGGACCUCCGCCUCGCGCUGAAGCUUCUCCUAAAGGUUGUCUUCCUGAACCAUGCCCUCGAAGAUCGAGAAGUCCGGAUCUGCAGACGAGCUGUGAAGGACCUGCUCGUGUUGGUGCCCUUCCUGAUCCUGCUGCUCAUCCCGCUGUCACCACCGGGGCACAUGCUGGUGUUUUCCCUCAUCCUGAAGGUCUAUCCCGACUUUGUCCCGUCGCCAUUCACGGAGCAUCGCCAGAAUGUGAUGAGGAUCUACAAUGCAAUUAAGCCUGUGAGCGAGAAGAGUGAUCAUAGCAGUUGGAGUUAA